AAUAAGAAAUAAACCCUCAUCAAUGACGAACACCACAAAGAUUGUUGAUAUUUUUACAGCUGCUAUAUUAAAAUUCUCUAUACACACAUUAAAUUUAUGCUGAUUGGAGUAUCUAGCUUUCAAAGCAAAUAAGGAUGAACACUGUGAAUGCAGAAAUUUGUCAAAAAAAGUGUUUCUUAUGUCGGAGAAAAAUCACAUCUCCUCAAAAUCAGAAACUCGUUGAUAGCAGUACAUGUCCCGCCUCGAAGAAAUCCUUUAGGGAUGUUUUAUCUUACUUGGCACGUCACGCGAAUUCUGAGCUACAUAUUGGUCAUGACGAAUCUAUUUGUGUAACAUGCCAUUUUGAUGUAGUGGAAUACGACACUUAUCUUAUGAAAGCUUUAAAGAAGCAACGUGCUCUUCUUGAUCUAAUAGAAAAAGCAGUUUUGGGAAUUGAUUCUGAUUUUGAUAAUGAAUUUGAAUCGGAUAUGAGUGCGCUGGAUGAACUAACCAACGAUCAUUUUUUUGAUGAUGCUCUAAUAUCUGACACGGAAAUUGCACAAACAAUAGAUGAUGCUAUUGGAGAAAAAUCCGAGAAUAUUUCAAGAAGUCCAUCUGGUAUAAGUAGGAAAAAUCGAGGGACUGUGAUUAAAUGUGAUUUCUGUGCAAUGCGAUUCCGUACAAAUUCAGGAUUGAAAAGACAUAUAACACAUGCACAUAAGAAAUUUAGUUGUGAAUUGUGUUCUUACAGUCAUCGAAAUGAAGACUACGUAAUGCUACAUAUGAACACUCAUGAUGGACGAAAUGAGAACCAAUGCCGCUUUUGUGAAAAAGAAUUCUCUACAAAAAUUAGCACAAUUCGUCACAUGGAAGUACAUUUCAAUUCCAAAAAGUAUCAAUGUGAUAAGUGUGGUCUGUGUUUUUCACAAACAACCGUGUUGUACAAUCAUAAAUUACAACACGAAGCUGAAGAACAACCACUUCAAUGUGAGAUUUGCUCCCAAGUUUUUAAAACAAAACGGACAUACCGGCAUCAUAUGAUAACACAUCGAGCGGAUCGCCCACGUUACAAAUGUGAAUAUUGCACUAAAACCUUUACCGAAAAAUAUACACUUAAAGUCCACAAACGUACGCACCCUGAAGCUAUGAAUUCAAGCGACGUAGCACAAUCAAAAGAACAGCAACAAAAUAGCCCAUCAGAGAAUGAAGGAGCAACAUAUGAUCCUGUGAAAGCACAAACCAAUGAUAACAAAUUCAAUUGUGUGAUCUGUGAUCAGAUAUUUACAGCAAAGGAUCAUCUAAAUAAACACAUGGAGAAAGAGCACGACGUUAUUCUCAAAUCUUUAACGAUCAAUAAUUUUUCGGAAUUUGAUGUGGUAGACGAAGAGACGAAGAAAGCUUGUCAUAUAUGUGGGCAAAUGUUCAACGCACAAGCAAAUUUAGACUACCAUCUUAAAUAUGUUCACGCGGGUACAUUUUAA